CAAUUAGAAACGUCAACGAGCCAGUGAACAUUAAGCGGAGCAGACCAAAAUCCCAAACAAGGAAAUGGUGGGGGAAUAAAACGACCAGAUUAUUUAAUUAAUGCAUGUAAUAAUUAAUAUUUUAUUUUAUUGUAAAUUAAGACGUAUUUAUGGGUUAAAAUGGAUUACGACUUCAAAACAAAGCUGGCGGCCGAGAGAGAGAGAGUAGAAGAUCUGUUCGAAUAUGAAGGUUGCAAAGUGGGUCGAGGCACCUACGGGCACGUUUAUAAAGCUAAGCGCAAAGACGGGAAAGAUGAGAAGGAGUAUGCACUGAAACAAAUAGAAGGCACUGGAAUAUCGAUGUCUGCCUGCAGGGAAAUCGCUCUUCUACGAGAACUGAAGCACCCGAAUGUGAUUGCCCUGCAGAAAGUGUUCCUGUCCCACAGUGACAGAAAAGUUUGGCUCCUCUUUGACUAUGCCGAACAUGACCUUUGGCACAUCAUCAAGUUCCACCGUGCAUCGAAGGCCAACAAGAAGCCCAUGCAGCUUCCCAGAGGGAUGGUGAAAUCUCUCCUGUAUCAGAUUCUGGAUGGGAUCCAUUACCUCCAUGCCAACUGGGUGCUCCACAGGGAUCUGAAACCCGCAAACAUCUUGGUGAUGGGGGAAGGUCCUGAGCGAGGAAGAGUUAAAAUAGCUGACAUGGGUUUUGCAAGACUCUUCAACUCUCCCCUCAAGCCGCUGGCGGAUCUCGACCCCGUCGUGGUGACGUUCUGGUACAGAGCCCCUGAGCUGCUGCUGGGGGCCCGGCACUACACCAAAGCUAUCGAUAUUUGGGCAAUUGGCUGCAUCUUUGCAGAGCUGCUAACGUCCGAGCCCAUCUUUCACUGUCGCCAGGAAGACAUCAAGACCAGUAACCCCUUUCAUCACGACCAGCUUGACAGGAUAUUCAGCGUCAUGGGUUUCCCUGCAGAUAAGGACUGGGAAGACAUUAGGAAGAUGCCAGAGUACCCAACGCUGCAGAAGGACUUCAGGAGGACUACGUAUGCAAACAGCAGCUUAAUCAAAUACAUGGAGAAGCAUAAAGUCAAACCAGACAGCAAAGUUUUUCUGUUGCUGCAGAAACUCCUCACUAUGGACCCCACCAAAAGAAUCACAUCAGAACAGGCACUGCAGGACCCGUACUUCCUGGAGGACCCAUUACCAACCACAGAUGUUUUUGCUGGGUGUCAGAUCCCCUACCCAAAACGAGAGUUCCUGAAUGAAGAUGAGCCAGAGGAGAAAACAGAAAAGAACCAGACCCAGCAGCACCAGCAGACGACAGGCCAAACUCAGGCCCAGAACCAGCAGCAGACAACAGCUCAGCAGGCCCCCUCCCAGCAGAGCUCAGCCCAGACCAACGGCACUGCCGGAGCCACGGGGGGCACUGCCGGCGGGGGUUUACAACACGGCCAGGACCAGGGCCCUCCCAACAAGAAACCUCGGAUCGGGCCCUCUGGGGCCUCCUCAGGCACCGGGGUGCUGCAGUCAGAGUACCAGCACUCCGGCCCCCGCCUUGGUUACCAAAGCAACGUCCAAGGUUCCACUCAACCCCAGAGCACCAUGGGAUACUCGUCGUCAUCCCAGCAGAGCUCACAGUACUCCCACCAGACCCACCGUUACUGAGGCUCCCCGUAACUCCUGAACCAGCAGAGGAAUGAGCUCCUCCUCCUUGAACCAGACGUCACCGUACAAUCUCGGCUCCAGCCAAGGCGUUGCUCCUGGUCAGACCUCUCUCCCUCUGUGCAAUACAUCAUUCCAAAUCAACCAUCUUCCUUUUCAACCCUCCCUCACCUUGGAACGUGACAAACAUAGGAACCAAAAAAAAAAAAAAGAAAAAAAAAAGGAAAAUCUAAGAAGAAGUUCUGCCUCUUUGGGCUAGUGAAUCAUUUUUAAGGCAACUGAAAAUAAUGUAAAAUCGAUGUGAAGGCGUCACAUACAAGCUCAGAACCAUGGCACUUACAAACACAAUGUUCCUCGAAAGGAAGAAACGCAGCUGUGUUCAUAUCUGUAUAUUAUAUAGCACCUUUUUCUAUUUGAUUUUUGUCUCUCGCUUAUUUGCUAAAGUUUUCAAGUUUACCUUGAUAGUUGAUGUCAUUGUAAAUAUUGUUUAUAUAUGGAAGCGAUCGGAUGAAAGGAAACACAAGAGGAAAAGCCCUUUACUGUCAUCUCUAAUGUAAUAUUACCUUGGAUAAUCAAAAGCAAAGAAGAGUUUGAGGUUAAAAAAAACAAAAAAAAGACAGUCACAUGUUUCUACACAGAAAAAAAUAAUCAGCUCUAUAGCUGAUUCAGUUGCAGGGAGAUAUCAAAUGCGCAAUUCAACUUAAUAUUCUUCUUAUAGGGUUUCUAUAUUCACACCUCUCUUUAUCUAGAUUUGGAUUUGGAAAGUAAGAGAAGUAGUUGUCUUUUUACAGCUCUAAGUUCUGUAUAUUGUGAUUCACUUCACUACCUGUAGAAAUGAGGAACAUUUGGCAGCAGAGCUUCGUUUUCUCUGAUGACGUUUUUGUGAUGUUGGACGCCUCUCGUUUGUGACCAACAGCUCUGGAGUGUUUUCUUCUUCUUCUUCUUUCCUGGAGCUGCCGGUGGACACUUUGCUCUGACACCCAUCUUAUCGCAGACCCUCAAGACUUUCAAGGUUUCUGAACACAAAUGUGCACAUAAACGUGCAGGGCAGCUAACGGUACGCCCCCUCCCCCUCCCAAAAAAAAGAAAAAACAGUGUGCUUCUUGAGACUGUUACUGCCUGAUGUCAGAUUGUGUUUUUUUGUUGUUUUUUUUUAAGGUUUUAAUGUUAUCACUGUUGCCCUGUGUGUGUGUGUGUGUGUGUGUGUGUGGUAUGUUUUAUGCACGUUUGUUAAUCCUUCUACUCACUAGAACUGCACUGAUCGCUGAACCGAUCUGCAUAGAGCUGGAACAAACGAGGGGUGAGUUUCGGUGUUUGAAUGCUCUUCCUCUUCCACUGCGACACUCUAGCCAAGUACUGAGCAGACGUUUGGUGGAGACACGUUCAAAGACAGUAGGUGCAUUCUUAAUACGUGCCAAGGAGGCAGGAGCAACAAUAAUCAAACAAAGUAAUGAUGUAAAUCCCCAGUGCCUCUCCAACAAUCAUUCAUUUCUAUUUGUCCUUUUCUGUCAGGUCAUAUGUGGGGUACACUAUAAUCAUCUGUGCAGACACCUGUAUGCUGAUUUAUUUUGGAACUAAUCUAUCCAUGUCAAAAUUGACCCUUUAAAGAUCAUCAGUGGUGGGAUGUAACUGAAUAUAUUUCCUAAAGUUCUACCCUUGAAGGAGCAGCAUGACAUUUUGUGAGAUAUGUUUAUUCACUUUUCUUGAGCAGGCUGAUUUGUGCUAAAUUUAAAGCUAAAGCUGAUUAUCUUAAAUUAGCAUAAAAACGUGCCUGUAGAUGUGUUAAGCUAAGCUAACCAGCUGCUGGCUGUAGCUUCAUGUUUACUGUAUAGACAUGACAGCCUUCUCAUCAGCAAAAGGGUAAACCAGGUAAAGUUAGUUAAGUCCAAAAUAAUUUUUGCAGUAUUUUCAUUCAGUGCUACUCAAUACUUAUGUUCCACUACAUUUCAGAUGGAAAUUUUAUUCCACCACUUUUAUUGAGAUUAAGUCACUUUAAGAAUUAUUUUUUGACAUGUUUUUCUUUAGACAAUGUGAUAAAACAAAAUCCUUAAAUGCAUUAAUAAUAUAUCAGCCUGUUUUCAGUGCAGAUGCGUUUGUCGCAAGUGUCUUCUAAAAAUAAGGUGUUAUAUUUCUGGUGUGUUGACUUAACUUACACUUUGUUUUAUCAAGAUACAGUCAGUUCCUUUUGUAAUAAAAACAAUUUUAGAUACUCUUACUGAACUAACAGGUUUCUUUAAUUGUUUAACUAAGCCUCUAUCAAGGUUUUCAAGACCUAGUUAUAGCCAUAAUUAUUUUGCACUCUAAGAGGUUGAACUUCCUGAGAGUAUAUAAAGUAGUUUAAUGUAGCUGCUCCUCACGCUGUUGUAACAGCAAAGAGCUACAUGCAUAUUAAUACAUCGAUAAUAAUGAUAUCCAACAACAUAACUAACUGUAACACUAUGAAAUGGGCUAAUGUACAGUACUAUGUCUCAUACUUAAAGUGGAUUUACUUCAAAAUAUCAAUUUUUCAUGCAAGACUUUUAUUCUAAAGAGCAUUUUUAUUUUUACUUAUUAUGACUAUUAUUCAGACUUCAUCCGUUACUGAAAAUACUACAAAAAAUGCCCCCACUUCAAACAAAUCUUCAAAUCACCCUUUUUGCUCCCACGCAGCUUGCUCCGUCCUCACUGGUCCUGUCCAGUCACAUGACCGGCCAUUGUGCAGGUUGUAUUAAAGAAUGCACCCGAUGACUUGACUGUAGCUGUAAGUGCGUUUGCUCCAGUACAGGCACAGACACAGCAGGACUGGGGAGGAGAGAGAGAGAGAGAGAGAGAGAGAGAGUCGUAUUUGGUAGAUGUGUGACCUGCAGUGGGAUUAGGAAACACUGACACCUUGUGGCUGAAAAGAGAACUGAACCUCUGUCCAUUGUGGAUAUAGCGCAUGUUGUUGCAAGAGUUGAAGCGUUUUGCACCAGAACAUGCAAGACAUGGAUGUUUUAGUGUAAAACUGAUAUUAUUAUUGUGCCCAUAAUUCUUGUCAUGUUUCACCAAUGCUUUACACUCAGUAAGACAGUACUGAUUAUACUAUAUGCAUCUCACUGCUCAGAAGUAUCUCUUUAAGGCUUUUGGUCCCUGCGUUGAGACUAAGAUGUAUCUCAGUUCUAAUAAGAGAGUCUUUCUGCAAAAAUCUCUUGAGUGACUCCUGAGUGUACCCUGCUGAUCCACACUGGCUCUCACUCUACAACAGCCAGGUGGAUCAGAGCUUAUGUUACAGGUUUGGGGUCACUUCCACCCAAACUGUCGGUUGUGCAAAAUGUUUUUAUGUCAUUCCUGUUUUUUUAAAAGAAAGAACAAAACUUGCAAUUGGAGGUAUUUUUAGCAAGCGUAGAUUAACUUUCUAAAUUAUAUUGAUGAGAAUAUAAUCUAGAAAGAGUUUCAUUCCAAAAUUCUAUUGCAUUUUGGUUUUUUGGGGAAAAAAGGUUUAAGUGCAGAAAAUGAAAAAAAAAAGUUUUACAAACAGAUUGGAUAUUUUCCACAGAUUUAAAGAUGCAUUCAUUGAUUUUUGGCUACUUGAGUUCUGCAGGAAAAAAUUUAUACAUAAAAAUACAACAUUGACACCUUAUAGAAAGCUGAGGUCAUAAAGUUGUUAAAGUCAGUAUCUGGCCUUUGCUGUUCAUAUUUUAGACAAACGAGCAUCCUUAGCCAAAAAAAAGAUCAAUGAAAAUGUAAGUACCAGUAUGGCAGAAGCACUGGAUUUCUUUUAUCAAAAAUAUCCACCAGUGCUCAGUUGUAACAUCAUAUUUACAAAUUAUCUCGACUAUCUAUAAGCUAAGGCUUUUUCUCACAAGCUAGUUUGUUAAAAUCUGCAACAACAACAGAAAUAUUACACAAACAAUAUAGCAAGAUAAACUAUUAGACGUAAUGGAGUGAACCAUACAUAUUUAUGAGGUUAUGUCUUUAAACUGGAUUUUAGCCAGUCGUAUUAUUUGCAAAAAUUUGUUUUCUCACAGAACAGAACCCAAAAGUUUUGGUUUCAUUUCAACUCUCUAUAAAGUUGAUAUGGCUAAUGUAUGAGCAAAUGUUGGAACAACAUUAGAAUUAAUUGGGAGUCGGUCCAAUAUUCAUCUCCUUUAAGUUCUGUUUUGUUUUCCAGCUUCUGAGUUUAAUUCGUGGUGUUCGAGCUGCACGAUAUUCCAUUAUGUACAACGUCUAGCUGUUAACUUUGUCUGCUGGGCUUGAAAACCAAAUCAAAUGCACCAAAAGAAGCUAAAAUGCACAGCAGGCGUGGGGGGAACUGCAGUGUUGGGUGAUAAUUCUCUGUGGCUUAAUCACUGGAAGUGACCCCUUUUACAUUACACGUAGUUUGAUUAAUUGUUUAUUAAAGAUAUUGAUUAGUGCAGCUAUAAAGACAGACAGUUCAGGUGAUGAAUUUCCACCCAAAAUGAACAUGUAAAGCAUUGUGGAAACGAUGGCGUGUCCUCAUAGUGUCUGUUUUGGUCCAUCUCUUAUGUUGUGACAGUCCGGCAGGCAGAUCCAGGGAGACACAGUCUGUUCAGUUUUGUGUGAUGGGGAUCAAAACCAGCAGCUAUUCAAAGGUUUUCUCCCCCUUUUAGUGUGUUUAUCUGAAGUCAAACUGAGUAGCAGAGAGGUAACGUUCAAACACUUUGUUGUAAAUUUCUCCCUCUCCACACAAGCGAGGUGUCCCAAGUAUUAUUGAGCGCAAAGCUCCAGUGGGAAAUAAAUUACUGUCAAACAACUCCUAUGCAAAAAAACAAAACAAAACAAAAAAAAACAAAAAGAAAGAAAGAAAGAAAAAAAAAUCCUAGACUAAACUUACUUAGGUUGCUUAGGUUUUGCAGUUGACAGCUUUUAUUAUAUUUUGAUGGGUAAUGUGUAUUCAUUCCUUGUGUAAUACUGAGUAGUCUAAGACAGCACUCAUUUGUCCUUUUUCCACAGCAUUUUGAAAUGACCUAUUGUAAAGAAAUGCAUAUAUAUGGAUAGUAUACAAUCAUAUUUAUUAUUUCCAUACAUCUAUGAAUAAUACCCAUUCUCUGAACUUUCCUCUGCCUUAACUAUAGUAGCUAUAGAAAGGGACCUCUGUCAGACAAAGCAGGCAUCACUAGUAUUUGUUAUUUUAGAGUCAUUUCUUCUCUAUAUGCUCACAUGAAAUCAUGUCUAGUUACUGAAUGUGUUAAAGCCACCUCAGUGUACAAUAAAAUGAAGGUGAUGCCGUUGGUCGGGAUCACUCGCCGGCU